GUUCCUGGUUAAUGAUGACGUGAGCCAACGUGUCAAAAUUUAACGCUUGUCGACGUCGAAUUCGCCGUCAAAUAGAUUUCAACAGUCUUUGUAGCAACACAUCUGGUUUAUUUAUUAAAAAAGUUCAAUUAAAUCUUUUUUAUAAUGCCAGCUUCCCCGAGUUCAACAAAUGUUGGUUCAUCAACUCGAUCACCAGCAAAAGCAGCCGUACCAAGAUCCGGAGGAGGUACAACCGUAAAACAAAGGAAAAGUACAACAACAACAACUAGUAGAGCUCGUACAGCUGGUGGUGGUGCUGGUUCGGUUGGUAUGUGGAAAUUCUACACGGAUGAUUCACCUGGAAUUAAAGUUGGCCCAGUUCCUGUAUUGGUGAUGUCCUUGUUGUUUAUUGCUUCAGUGUUCAUGUUGCACAUUUGGGGGAAAUACACGAGAUCGUAGGUUAAGAAUCUUUUAUGAAAAAUCAUUCCGUUUCUAAGUUUGUUAUUUAAAAUAUAUUUGCCCCAUUGACUUAAAAAACGAUUUUUUUUGGAAGUAAAAGAAUUAAUUUUUUGGAAAUGUUGGGUCGGUGGACGCAUUUUUCUUUGUUUUGAUCUAAAACAUCCCAUCAUAUCCACCAUGUAACUUAUAUCAUUCGUAUAAAAUAUAAAUUUUUAUAAAACCUCA